UAUUUGAUCGUUCUUAUACACCUCGUUAUUAAAAAAAAGUUUAUUAGAACAUUUGUGAUCGCAAGUAUCUGAAAUAUUUCAUAUCGAAGCGAAUGGUGCUGUGGAGCACAGCAGGACCACAGCACUCAGCACCACAGCACACAGCAGCAUGGAGGUGCUGUACCCCAGCAACCUAGCACUACUCAGCAUGUUCCUCAAGCAGCCUCCUGGUGCUAGUGCUGAUCCAAUGCUGCUAGACCUCAAAAAAGAUGAAACUCGUCACGAAAAAACAGACGGGCUAAGCAGCAACGUCGGGGGCGGCGGGCCCGUGCCAACGUGCGCCGACGUCCUAACGUGCGGUGUCUGUCAGAAGGACUUCCUCCUAGCAGACAUCCUUGGCUUCAUCCAGCACAAAGUCCACUGCCAGUCCACAGCAUCAAGUCCCAACCACCACAACCGCAGCACUUCAGACGAGUCCCACUCAGACGAGGCUAUUAAAGACCUCAGCAACCUCAGCACCCUCAGCACUAACCUCAGCACCCUCAGCAGCGCCAGCAGCAGUGCCUGUCAACAACAAAUCAACACCAGCAGCAGCAGCACAACAAGCAACAACAACAACAAAACAAACCCCCCGGAGUUGGUUGUUGAUAUGAAUGGGGGAUUGGGGUCCCCGACAGGGGGUUUAGAUCCCCCCGCAACCCCCGAUGAUGACAAAACCAAAACCGGAAACCCGGAUGGGGUUUCUGGAGACCAAGACCGGACCACCCCGCGCCCCGGCCAUCAGGAGGACAAGAGGAAGAGGGAGGACCACGAGGACGCCGAUGGACAGACUUUGUCCAUAAGGAAGAAGGCCAAGAGCGUUCAGGACGCCGGCGCCAACACCAUCAAUAGCGAGCCGAGCCGCUGCGUGUGCGGGACGUGUGGUGUUGUGAUGAGCUCCGCGUGGUCUCUUGUACAACACGUCCAGUCCCUACACGGUAUCCUAAUCUACCAAGACCUGUCUCGCUCACCACUUACCACACCAAUCACUCCACCUGCUCCACCCAAGCCAUCAUAUUCAUCACCGCUGGCGUCAGUAUCGUCCACCGCCACCACUCCUUCAGCCCACUCCCCCCACCAUCAUAUGUCACUCCUCGAUCCCACCAAGGUUGACCUAACCAAAGUAGAUAUCACCAAAGUUGAUCUCUCCAAAAUGGACUUCAACAAAAUUGGUUUGCCGAACUCUUCAGUUUCUUCGGGUUUGCAAACUCAUGGCUCUGUUCCGAGUCCGCUUCUCGACCCUAACCACCCAUUCAACCUCUUGAGGAUGCCUCUAGACGGAAGGACUCCCUUUCCUCCGGGCAUUGCGCCUCCUUUCGUGCGCCCUGGGCACGACUUUCGUAUGGACCAACUCCUGCAGGAAGGACUGCGUCUGAACCCAGGACUGCUACCUCCACAUUUUGACCGGCAGCCCUUUCUUGACGCCGGGCUGGGCUCUACCACUCCUGCGUCGCUCAAGCCCGUAAAUCCUGCAGGAAUUACAGCUACCACCAACACCUCAAACGCCAGUCAGUCUGGCAACAUCAUGAUCAGCACCAGCAGCAUGAAUACCACCCCAACGUCAUGCUCCGCUGAUCAAAACGUUGAAUUCUACUCUCAUCGGUUACGUCAACUGGCCGGGACAACAAGCCCCACAAGUUCUACGUCCCCGAGGAAAACUCUACCUACUCCUCCGUUUACUUCCCCUUAUGGUCCAACACCCUCGACUCCCUCCACACCUAUACCUUCUCAAACUCCCACGUCCUCGAGAGGAGAUGACCUAAACGGCAGCUUGAACAACGACAAAGCCUAUAGAUGCGACCUCUGCCACAGGAGGUUCCGAUGGGAGUGCAAUCUGGUGAUGCACCAAAGAGUCCACACCGGGGAACGAAACUUCAGAUGUUAUAGAUGCCACGAAGUGCUGACCACACCCCAGAUGGUGAGGUCUCACAUGAGGACACACAGAAAAGUUUCGAGUGAAAACAGCACGUCACCCGACUCAUCACGACCACAGGUUGACGAAGACGUCAUUGAAGAAGAGGAAGAAGAUUGUGAUGAAGAUAUCGAGAAUGUCGAAGAUUGUGACGACGAUGAAGAUUCUAAUCCAUCGAUCACAGACAGUAUCGACGAUGAGAACAGGGAAGAAUUGAACGAUGAUGCACCGGAAGAUUUGUCGACGUCUAAACCAACACCCACACACACGCCGACUUCACACAGCGUUUCGUCAAGCACCUUCCCAGAGAACAAAGACCGAUUGAAAGUUAUUGACCAACCUAAAUCAGUGGUCGGUGAGCUUAUGGACCGUUUUGGAUUAUCUAACAUAAGCACCUACAGCGAAGCGUAUAUUCAAGCUUUGAAGGAAUCGAGUCGUCUUAUGCACCACUUGCCUCCUCCUCCGCCUCCUCCACCCAUUAGUCGAGAGGCCAAACCCCCUUCCCUUAACAAUGGAAUGGAGAAAACCCUCAAGAUUAGGGACGAUUUAGCCAAAGGAAUUAUCAAUGGUCAACAGUCGAUGGAUAUCGCGCAUCAAACGCUGUUAGGAGCAUUCGACAAUCAUUACGAUACUCAAAAACGAUUAGGAAAUCACGGUCGUGAAAGUGCUAACAUUUAUGGCAACUUGUGGUUGCCUUCCUUGACCAACUCUGGGUCAAUCCCAAGGGACUUGUUUCCAAGUCUGCCUCACAUCGAGGCGUCGUUUCAUCAGCAAAGGAAACUUUUGAGUGACCAGCAGAUGAAACAUGGAUCAGACUCACCCAUCACGCUUACGAAACCUGGUCCCAGUUCGACUCCAGGAUCGCACAUGACAUCCCUUAUAGCCAAGAAAGAUAAAGGCAGGAAUGACACUUGUGAAUACUGCGGCAAAAUUUUCAAGAACUGUUCUAACCUGACGGUUCAUCGUAGGUCCCACACGGGAGAGAAGCCAUACAAGUGCGACUUGUGCAGCUACGCGUGUGCUCAGAGUUCUAAACUAACAAGGCACAUGAGAACCCAUGGCAGAAUCGGCAAAGACGUGUACAGGUGCAGGUUCUGCGACAUGCCGUUCAGUGUGGCAUCGACAUUGGAGAAGCACAUGCGGAAAUGCGUUGUGAACCAGAACUCGAAGGGCGGUGGUUUAUACCCUCCUAUUUCCGCACCCCCUCUUGAGGGUAUCGAAUAUAAGGGUAUUCAUUUCACUUCAGUGAUAAGCAAUGAUACGGAUAAACCCCAAGGGCUCUUCACCCCCCAUUUCACGGCAUCAGUUUCAUCCAACCCCCUCACAGACGACACGGGGGAUUCUUCCAACCUCUCAGGAGGGGCAUCUUGAAUAUAUUUAUUGCCUAAUUUGCCAAACGAAGCCAAAUUUCUUGUGUAAAAUAAUGGUCAUGCCAACCUUUGGAAGGUGAAAAUGAAAGUUUGUUAACGUUCAGUGCAUUUACCAACCGAAAUAAAACAAUAAGUAUCUUCGAUAGCUGAUUAAGAUGAUCGAAGCGAACCCCAAAUCGUUCAUCUUGCUUUUGCUCCCAGUCAUUUUUUGUGAAGAACUCCACCAUGUCUUCCCAAAAGAAAAAUUCAAGCAAAUAUUCAUUUCGAGUUAAAUGAUUGAAAUAUUCAGAGUUAGUCUUCAGCAUGGAAUUUCUAGCUACAUUUAGCUUACUGAUAUAUCGUGUCGCCCUCUUUAAAGAAUAAUUCACUCAUUUAAUAUGAAUUUGUUUAUGAAUUUAGGACCCUGACUCAGGUCUUAUUGCACAAGGCUUCCUAUUCACUUGGGUUACUCAAUUCUUUCGUCACUUUCACUCACUUUAUUCACCGGUUUGACUUUCCCUCAACUUCGGAUGGAUUAAAAAAUAAGUUUUGGUAUGUAUUUCUGUGGAAAUAUCAGGCGAUAUUGUAUUCUUUCAAUUUGUAUAAAGUAAUGCUUGAGUUUCCUAGAACCUUAGUUUGAUGCAGAAUAAGAGAGCACUAGGUUGUUGCACUAAAUUGUUACUUACCAACUGUUUCAGUUGUACCAAAGUUUUAUGUAUAUGAAAUGUUUAAACAUUGCGUUACGUGCACUGGGUUAUUAUUCUAAUUUCCUAUAAUAAUAAAAUAUUUUGCUGGUGCAAGUUACGAUCGAACUUUUCCAUCGAAGCUUCGGUAAUUUAUCCUGAAAGUUAUGUUUGCUCGGGGAAGUAAUGCCAGGAAUUAUGUCUUCGCAUUGUUGGAAUCAUGAAAAAAGCGCACUAACGUUAUUAAUUAUCAACACUGCUGAUAUUUAAUGUGCUCUACACUCCAACAAUGUGUAUAUAGGCUUCUCAGGAGAGAGCAUUUACCUGUGCAUUCUUUCCCGUUUUGAGUUUAGGACUUUAAUUGAAUUAGAAUUUCCAGCGCAUUUUCUAGAUUUUUUUCAAAUUUCUGUAAAUGUUUUUAAAUCAUUUUGAGAAUAUUUAGAUGCGUAAAAAAGUGUUCAGACUCCCGAACCCUCGCAUGAAGCCGUGACUUAUGUAAAGGAGGCGGUUUGUUGUAGGCAUUAAUGGCCGACCGGUGGCCACCUAAGAAGCGCCGAUAAUCGGCCAAUAGUUUGAUCGUGGGUUUAUGCUGUUGUGCUGUGACAGUUUGGUAAUUGUGACUGUUUAUAUGAAAAUUAUCAGUACUGGUUGAUGAUAUCACACUGUGACGCCUAUAAGUACAGAAAAUGAAAUAAUAAAAAUUAAUUUUCUUUAAAUUGGCACAAAAAUUCUGUUUCUGGACGAACUUAAAUUUAAUCAAUUUUCUAACGAGAUUCCUC